AUAUUGGUUUAUAGCAACUUCAAUAUAUAAUAUGCAUUAAAUGGUGGCCAUACUUUUAUUUUAUUCCGCUUUAGCGGUUUUGGGCAUAUUAAGAGCGGAAGGACACACAUCGCCUAGAUCCACUUACACCUUUCCAAAGCCUAGAAGUAUACGUGGCACGCUGUUACUACGUGAUGUAUUGAACUCUAUAAACAACAACUUUGGAAGGAAGAUCAACAUUGCAAAGAGGUUCAACCUAGGCAAAUUCGAGUUGCGGUGUUCACUACGAAGUCGUGACAUUGACUCUUGCAGCCGUCUUGGCAACCAAUUGGUACCUAUUAACUUUCGGGGCUAUUCUGAUGUUGAGAAAGCAAGAUGGGAAGACUUAUUUGAUGAAGUCGGCUUAGAUGCAACGAUUAUGCUUGAUAGCCAGUACGUGUGGAAUGCCAGACUUUCUGUGGACAUACCUCGUGCUAUGCGUUACGUUGCUUAUAAGAGAGGUGAUGCACUAACAACUGGUUUGGUGGAUUUCUCAGAGACCAUAAAAAGAAUAGCGUUUCUUUACAAGCAUAAAGAUCUUUUACUUCAGGUACAUCAUGCUCCACUCACUAAGGAGACUACUUUUGACAUUUUGAAACGUUGGGAGGACCUAUACGUCAUGAAGAAUAAAUACAUCCAUGUGACCCCUAAACUCCAACUGAUCAUUGAUGACGGUAUCAGCCCAAAGUCAAACAUGUGCCUUGCAAUUGAGCGUGGUAAAGACUUUAUAACUCCUAUUAUAUACCCAUUAGAUAAGAAAUUUGAGCUUAUGGCGGAGAAGACCUUAACUGAUGGCAUUAAAGCCAAUGUAUUUUGGAGUAAGGACAAUCGUGUAUAUAUGAAUUUGAGUAUAAGUUUACCUUGGGGAAAGAGGGGUUGGCAAACAUUGUCAUUUAGGUUUGUCUUCCCUGAGGUUAAUCGAUCGCACGUUCAUUUGUUGAACGAGGUUUAUUUACCUUAAUCGCAUCACAGUAUUUUAAGAAAUAUAAACACAGAAAUGAUUUUCAAUGC